AUGUUUCGCGUUGCUGGCCUGGCGGCGCUGACCCUUGCGGCCUUGGCGGCCCCGGUGGAUGCUGCUCCCCUGGAGCGCGCCACCGUUAACCAUGUCGCUAAACGCACGCUGCAAAACCGUAAUGUUGAUCUCGAUGUCAGGACUUGGAAGCCCACCGCUCAGCUUGGCUCUCGCGCUUCGGCCAAGUCCUCGCAAACCAUGAGCUUGAAGAAGCUCAAGACAUCACGGGCCAAUCCCCGUAGCGCGGCGUACCUGAAAGGCCUGACAGGUCGAGCUUCCAGCUCCACUACCUCUGGAAGCAGCGAGCUUAUCUCUUUGUUUGAGGGAGAAGAAUUUGCGACCUCCAUCACCCUUGGCACCCAAUCCUUCGAUGUGAUCGUUGAUACUGGAUCCAGUGACACUUGGGUCGUCAAGUCAGGCUUCGAGUGCAUUGAUCUCGAUACUGGAAAGAAGACAUCGACGUCAACCUGUGAAUUCGGCACCACGUACACUGUUGACAGCACCCUCAAGACAAUCUCUGGCGAGGAGUUUGAAAUUGAGUACGGUGAUGGUGAGUACCUGUAUGGCUACAUGGCCACCGAGACAGUCACCCUGGCCGACAUUACUGUUGACCAGGAGAUCGCUGUUGUCACCGAGGCUGCUUGGGAGGGAGAUGGAACUACCUCCGGUCUGACUGGUCUCGCUUAUCCUGCUCUGACAAGUGCUUACUCCGAGCGCACGGAGGAGCAGGAGGAGUACAACCCAAUUUUCACGACCAUGUACGAAGAUGGCUUGAUUGAUUCCUACUUCAGUCUCGCUAUUCUCCGUGAUGUGUCCGGUGACGCGGGCUACCUGACACUUGGUGGCUUGCCUCCAGUGAACUUCACCGAGACCUGGACUACCACUGACAUCCUGAUCACUUCGAUCUCGGGAUACAGCAAGGCUUACGACUUUUACACCAUCAACAUUGACUCCGUCUCAAUCAACGGCGAGACGGUUUCUAGCUCAGGAGGGUCUGAUAUUCAGUACAUUGUUGACUCUGGCACCACUCUGAACUACUACCCCACUUCUGUUGCCGACGCUGUGAAUGCUGCCUUCUCUCCCGCUGCCGUAUAUAGCGAUGAUGAGGGCGCUUACGUCGUUGACUGCGAUGCCACACCCCCAACCCACACAAUCACCAUUGGUGGCACCGCCUUCACCAUCAACCCGCUUGAUAUGAUUCUGUAUGCCGGCACUGAUGACGAUGGAAACGACGUCUGCAUCUCCGGUAUUGAUGAUGGUGGUGAUGAUUCGUCUGAGGAUGUUUACAUCCUUGGUGAUACUUUCCAGAAGAAUGUAGUCACUGUCUUCGAUGUUGGCGCCGUUGAGAUGAAAUUCGCGCCUCAUGUGGAUUACACCUCCAACGACACCUACUAA